AAAAAUCAAUGAGAUCAAUAUCAAUAAAUUCAAAUAUUUUUAGAGAUGUAAUUGACGAUACAUCAGAAUAAUCUCACGAAGUAUUUUCUCAAAAAAUGGACUCUGAUAAAAAAGAUUGUGUGUGCCUCAAAGAUUCAAGAGAAUAUGACAUCGAGGAACUUUUGGCUUUGUCUCCGACCAACAUAUGGCCACACCAAUGAAGACUGUUAGACGCAACCCCUCUUAUUCUUUCCUGAAUCCGAAUCUGGAUUCCAUUGGGUGUUUACCAAAGAAGAUUACGCCAGAUGAGACAACCAACUUCAGAAAGGAAUAUGGGUACAUUCUGAGCCUUCUCAAGAUGCCGUUCACCAAGUACGAGCAAGAGGGAGUUCAUACUUUGCUUCAGUUCUAUAAUCCUUCCCUCCGCUGCUUCACGUUCACCGACUACCUCUUGGUUCCUACAUUGGAAGAGUAUUCCCUAUUUCUUGGCCUCCCUAUAAAGAAGGAAGUGCCAUACUAUAGCACCAUGAAGGCCCCCGAUUCCAUUGAAAUUGCUAAGGCUCUUUAUUUGAGCAAGUCAGUCGUGGAAGCAAACCUCACCAAGAAGGGAGGAGGUUUCGGUUUUUGCAUGGAGUUUCUGGUUAAAAGGGGUUGUGAGGCUGCUGAAGCAAAGGAAUGGGACACAUUUAGGGCUAUCUUGGCUCUAAGUAUAUAUGGCAUCGUGAUGUUCUCAGACGUUCCUAAUUUUGUUGACAUGAAUGCAAUUCAUAUGUUCAUCUUGCAGAAUCCGGUUCCUACGCUUUUGGGGGAUGUUUACCACUCCAUUCAUCACAAGAAUGGUCAGAAGGGAGGUAAGGGAGGUCUGGUUAGAUUCUGUGCUCCGUUGUUAUACCGAUGGUUCAGGUCACAUCUACCUGAGCAUGGAGCUUUCGUUGAUAGUAGGCACACAUCUAAAUGGGCUGAAAGGAUUAUGGGGCUGAGGGCUAAAGAUAUUGUCUGGUACAAUAGCGCUUUAGAUGACAAGGAAGUUAUUAUGAGUUGCGGAAAAUUCAAAAACGUACCUCUCAUGGGUCUUAGGGGCGGAAUCAACUAUAACCCCGUCUUGGCCAGAAGAACGUUUGGAUAUGCUUUUAUCAGUCCACCUGAGCAAACAGAGAUAGCUGAGAACAUUUUCUAUCAUGUGGUCACCGACAAUGGGCAGAUGGCAGAAGCUGUACAAGCCUGGAAGAGUAUUUGUUGGAGAGAUAAGAAACAUUUUGGUCAGCGAGAUUGUGCUACUUAUGAGGAUUAUACUAAGUGGAUCGAGUCUGUGGUUGCUGUUCAAGGGAUGCCUUUUCCUCCUAAGGACCCCUUGUACCCUCCCUCUGGUAAACAACCCAACAUUGUUUCCAUGCCCUGCUAUAAUCAAACUGUUGAGCAGAAUCGGAAAUUGACUGAACAAAUGGAAACAAUGCAAGUGAAGAUGAAUACUGAUAGGCAGGAGAAGCUUUCUGCUCUUCAUAAGUUGAAAAUGAGAGAAACAGAGCUUGAAGAAUUGUAUGCUAAAGGAAGUACUUCUCAGAAGAGGCCAAGAAUGACUGUGAAUUCUAAAGCUAAUGAAACUCAAGAGAGGAAGAUCAAAGAGCAUUAUGAGGAUCAGUUGGCGGAAUUGACAAAGAGGCUCCAAAUCCAGACUGAUAUAGCCAAAUUUGAGAAAGCCCGUCGAAAGAAAGCAGACAAGCUCCUUCUGGAACGUCAGGCAAGGAUUGAGGGGUGUUAUGAAGAGAUUCGCAAGUUGAAGGGUCGAGUGGAAGAAAAGGGGCAGAGUGAUGCUCAAGCUCAAGAGGAAGCCAGAGGUUGGGAAUUGAGAAGCCGUUACUUGGAGACCAUGCAUUUCAGAAAAGACCUAUUGAUUCAAGAAGUUGUUAAAAGACCAACCCAUGCUGAGACCAAAAAGCUGUUUGAAGAAAUGAAGGCUUGGAGCUAUAAGAACAUUGGAGAUAGCCCACUUCGUCAUUUGGACAUGGGAGAUCCUGCUUAGUAUUGGUUUUUGUUAUAGAAUCACCACCAGUCUUGUUGGAUGGGGUUCUUAUUUCCAUUUUCUGUAUUGUUGGCUCAUGAGAGCAGAAUAUGUUGUACUUCAAAAACUUGGUUGUGGAAUUAAUCGAUUAUGUUUCCUUAUCCUGUUUGCUUAUCUCGGUUGUGCUUAUCUUGGUUAUGCUUCACUGUCUUCUCCGUUAUCUUGUGUUGUUGGUUCGAGACAAAGCUAAAAAAUCUUGAAAAUAAUAAAACAUGCACACAUGCACCCAUGCACUCAUAGCAUAUUGCAUUUACAGGUUUUUAUCAUAUUCUAAUUGGGGUCCCUUCCAAUGCUCAGAUCUC